AUGCUUGUUGCCAGUUCUUGUUUAGCUAAACUUCUUUUCGCAAUUGAUUUAUUCGGCAUGGUCAUAUGGUCACUCAAAAAUGAUGUUAAACAAAUUUCAUAUCAAGAUUCACUAUGUAUUUUUCGAGGCUACUUCGGUCAUGUAACAAUUGCUGCACAAUUGCACUCCUAUCUAUUACAAGCAAUCUAUCGGUAUAUAACAGUUAUUUAUCCCACACGACUUUUCUGGCAAAGAAAACAAGUUCAAGGUUUUCUCAUUGGUGUAACAUGGGUGUGUGCCUUUAUAUUUAUUAUUCCACAUGUUGUCACUGGUGAAAUUCAAUACAAUACUGACAAUCAGAUAUGUGAAACACCUUUUCGUUUGUCUUUUAUAAUAAUUUAUAAUAUCAUUUAUGUCUAUUUCAUACCACUAAAUGGUAUUAUGUUUAUUUAUGUCAAACUAAUUUUGUAUGUAAAAGAAAUAAAUAAACGUGUAACAAUAGUUAAUACAGUAUCUCGUGCACAACGAGAACUAAAAAUGGUUCAUCGAAUAGUUAUACUUGUGUCGAUAUUAUUAGUACUCGGUGUACCUUAUACAACCUUCAUCUUUAUUGGAUUUUUCACUGAACCACCUAAAUAUCAUUUUCGUAUUGCUUUUACAUUUGUUUAUAUCUCAUUGGUGUUUAUUAUGAUUACCUUAUUUCAAUUCACAGAUCCUGUUAAGACAUAUAUCAUGAAAAAAAUAAAGCGGCAAUCAAAUAUAAUUGCAGCAACAACAAUACAAAUGAAUGAAGUUAGAUAA